CUUUAACCUGUACGCGCUGGACGCGGAAAGGGUGACAAAAUGUGGCCGAUAAUUCUUAUGUUGUUAGUUUUUGUGUGUGUCGAAAAAAGCUAGGAUAUUUUACACGAAGAUGAGCGAGUCUGUGAAAGUGGCCGUACGAUGCCGGCCAAUGUCCCAAGGAGAACUGCAACAAAGAUGCAAGAAUGUCAUCACAAUCGAUCCGUUGGCCAAGACUUGUACACUGGACAAUCCAAACAAUGGUGGUGGCGGGAAAGUGUAUCAAUUCGAUGCAGCUUUCGGGCCAGAAUCUUCAACGGAAUCUGUUUACGAAGCGGUUGGUUCCGUUGUGGUGGAAGCUGUAUUGGAAGGAUACAAUGGGACUGUUUUCGCGUAUGGCCAAACCGGAUGUGGAAAGUCUUUCACCAUGCACGGAUUCAUCGAGCGCACCCUGGAGCACCUUUUCGAAGCUACUUCCACGAGCAGCCAGGAAACGAGAUACCUAGCUUUGCUCAGCUACCUAGAAAUCUACAACGAAAGACUGCGAGACCUGCUGCAGGACAGUGGGGCCGAGGGUCUUCUUCAGCUCAAGGAGGACCCAUCUCGAGGCACCUACGUUUCUGGUGGUCUUCGGGAAGUGACUGUCAAAAAUGCAGCCGAGUGCGCUCGUUUGGUAGAGCAAGGUGACCGCAGAAGGGUAGCCGAAGCAACCAAAAUGAACCUCGCGAGCUCCAGGAGUCACGCCGUCCUUACUCUCUCCCUGGAAGCGAUCGCGAUCAAUGAGAACGACAAGCGAGGCAGUGCAGUUAGAAGAGGAAGACUUCACCUGGUGGAUCUUGCUGGUUCCGAAAGACAGUCGAGGACUGGAGCAACAGGUGAUCGACUCAAAGAAGCUGCGAGCAUCAAUCUCAGUCUCUCAGCUCUCGGGAACGUAAUUAGCGCCCUUGCUGCUGGUAAUGGUCGACAUAUUCCUUACAGAGACAGCAAACUCACCCGUCUUCUCAGCGACAGUCUCGGAGGAAAUGCAAGAACGCUAAUGAUAGCAUGUGUAAGUCCCUCCGACAUCGACGGAGACGAAACUCUAAGUACUUUAAGGUACGCAGCUCGAGCAAGGUGUAUAAAAAACAAACCAGUCGUAAACGAGGAUCCUAAAGACGCUUUACUAAGACAAUACCAACUAGAAUUGCAACGACUACGAAAGCUUCUCGAAACCAGUGACAAUCCCCGAUUAGGUCCGAGUCUUUCUGAAGAACAAGAACUGGGAGAAGAAGGAAUUGAUAACAAAAACACUGACGAGGUUGAAAGAUUAAAGAAAGAAUGUGAGACCUCACACCUCUCAGCACAGAAGCUCAAGGAUGAGUUAACAGCUCUCAGAUGUCGCUACGAGCCAGGGGAUGAAAACAAAGAAACCAAUUAUUUGAACCUGGAGCAACGAGAGGAUAAAAAGGAGAUGGAUCCUCUUUUAGAACGUCAAAGAAGAAAAAGAGAAGCUGCUAGACUCGAAGUACUGAAAAGACUAGAGAAAUUGACGAUUGGUGGUGAAGCUCGAGGCGAUGGUGAACUCAGAAGACGAAGAGAAAGGAGAAGGAAGAGAUUAGAGGUUUUGGCGACCGCUUUGGAAGCUGAUUCUGAGGAAGGGACUGGCGGAGUUUUUCAAGUUUAUGGACAGCUUAAAACGGCUGAGGAAGCUUUAAAGAGAAUGGCGAGGAAGGCGAGGCAACUCGAAGCUGAUGCUGCUGAUCUUCAGGCAUCCUGGGACGCAGAACGACGAGAACUGCUUCGAAGAGAAUUGCUCGCAACGCAGUUAUGCGAUGCGAUGAUCCCUCACCUCCGACCUGGCUGUCCUUUCCGCGACCUGGCAGCUAUCAGAGUCGCAGCAACGUGGUGUGACGAAUUGAACCGAUGGCGACUACCAGAUCUUUCUUCGGUGUCGCUUCGCAUCUCCCUUCCCCCACCUCCUCAGUCUCGAGAUCUUGUGACAAAUGGUUUCGAACCUGCCUCUAAAUCGGAUCACAACAACAAUAAUAGUAAUAACAACAAUAAUAAGAUUGGUGGGAAUGACGAAGAUGGUAGUAGUGCGGACGAAGGUGGGGAGAACGAUUCGAAAGCUCCCAGAUGGAAAGAUAUCGCUGACGCGUACUUUCGUAGGAAUAGAAUUGAGGAGUUGCUAGCACAUGCUCGUGAAGCAAAAACUUUUGAUUCUGGGGGAAGAAUCAGUAAAUCAGGAGGCUCUGAAGAUUUGAGUCCAAUUAUGGGGGGAAAUAGUCACGCACAAUUAAGUGCCUUAAAUUUGCAGACAAGUACUUCAGCAACUUCGGAGAACAAUUACCCGAUUCAGACUCAGCGACUUCCAAUUGGUCGACCAACCGGUUGGCUGAUCGAUGAAAAUGCGGGUAAAUCGACAACCUAUUCGAGUGUAUCAACUUUAAAAAAAAAUCCACCCAGAAUUCUUGAAGCUCUCCCCUCCUAUCCGCUAGGAAAUUCUUUUACAUUGCCCUCACAUCUAAAAGAUAGAACGUCUCAGGAGGAUGUGCCUUGCUGACGAUAACUUUACGUUCAAAUUGCGCUAGUUAAUGUAGUUAGACAAUACUCAAAAGAAAAAAUACGAUACUAAAAGAAAAAAGUUCAAUCAGAUGCGUACCAAAUCGAUUUGUGUAUAUUAGGAUGGUCCAAAAAAUAUUUUAAUGAAUUUGAAUGGUUCUCUUCUACCUCAAACUUAUUUAGUUCUUUCAUCCACUCCUCAGUUAAUCCUUCCUCCUCUAAAACCUUUAGGUAAAUUCUCUUGACAGCUUCCUUUAUCUUUAAUUCUUCUUCUAUAUCCUUCCCAUGCACUGUAUUAUGUUUCUUUUUACCAUUUACAGAUUCUGCACUUUCUGUUCUCCUUUAAUAUUCACUACAUUUCUACUUCAACAUUGUCCAAUUCCUUCAUCCACUCCUUAACUGAUUCUUCCUCCCUUAAAACCUUGACCUUGUUCUCUUGGCAGCUUUCUUUAUCAUCAAUUCUUG